AGGCCGACAGAUGCAUAGAGCUCUCAUCGCGUGAGAUGGAGGGAAUAGAACACAGAAGCGUGGAAGUGAAUGGCAUCAACAUGCAUGUUGCAGAGAAAGGGCAAGGCCCUGUGGUGCUCUUCCUCCACGGCUUCCCAGAGCUCUGGUACUCCUGGCGCCACCAGAUUCUCGCUCUCAGCGACAGAGGGUACCGCUGCGUUGCGCCCGAUCUUCGCGGCUUUGGCGAUACCGAUGCUCCUGCUUCCGUGGACAGCUACAAUGGCUUCCACGUAGUGGGUGACCUUGUCGCACUUAUUCAGUCUCUUCAAGUGGAGCAAGUGUUCCUGGUGGGUCAUGAUUGGGGUGCACUCAUUGGUUGGUACCUCUGCAUGUUUCGCCCUCAACUUAUCAAAGCUUAUGUAUGCCUCAGUGUUCCUUUCCUCCGAAGAAACCCCACUGUUCCCACCGUUGACUCCAUGCGUGCUCUCUAUGGAGAUGACUACUAUAUCUGCAGAUUUCAGGAAGAAGGCAAAGUGGAAGCUGAGAUGGCUCAAGUUGGGGCUGAGUAUGUGGUCAAGAACAUAAUUACAACUCGCAAGACGGGUCCUCCAAUAUUCCCUAAGGGAGAGUAUGGAACCGCUUUCAAUCCUGAUAUGAAACAAGAUUUGCCUUCCUGGCUCACUCAACAAGAUCUUGCUUAUUUUGUCUCCAAAUUCAAAAAGACUGGUUUCACCGGAGGAUUGAAUUACUAUAGGAAUUUAAACAAGAACUGGGAGCUGACGGCACCAUGGAGUGGAGCGAAGAUCAAGGUGUCAGUGAAAUUCAUAACAGGUGAGCUAGACAUGGUAUACACAUCAUUAGGGAUGAAAGAUUAUAUUGAGAGUGGAGGUUUCAAGGAAGAUGUGCCAGGCUUGGAGGAAGUCAUUAUUCAACCAGGAGUGGCCCACUUCAACAACCAGGAGUCACCACUUGAUAUCACUAAUCACAUUUACGACUUCAUCACCAAGUUUUGAUUCCACUAAUUUAUCAUCUUAUUAUCUGCGACGAUUUGGUUCUGUUUUACCAUUUGAAGCCAUACAUAUAAAAGUAAGACCACUAUGAUUAGUGUGUGUUUGGGCAUAUAAACGUUCAAAGCAUUUCAUAAUAUGGCUCAUCAAACAAUGUUCAAAGCAUUUAUAUUGAUGAGUAGUUGAGUAGUGCAUUCAUAAUAUUGAUGAGAAAAAGUACAGUUAAAUAACUCCUAACAACCAACUUUAAAUAAGUGUUGGUCUUCUAUGGAUACCUGAAGACAGAGCUCGGUCCCUGUGAGUCGACGCCGAGUUGUUAUUUUCGAUGCCGACCUUUGAACUUUUGUGGAAGUACGAGCUUUUUUUCCGAAGAGAUGUCUAAUUACGCAGAGUAUGAGCAAGGAACAAGGGGAGAGUGUACCUGCAAAGGCCCUCCGAAUAUUAAGUUAGUAUUGAAAAUCAAUGUAUCCUUUGAAGAUAAAAUAUCAUACUUUUAUAGGUGAGAUAAAAUAGGUCGGUUACGUUUCUAUUAAUCAUCUGAAUUGAAGAGUAAUUAAUAGGUUUUAACAAGUGAUAAUGUCUGAUUGUAACGUAUAACGCCGAGUUAUAACGUAAUGCCAAGUUAUUGUAUAUAAUGCCGAAUUAUGACA